GGAGGAAGAGGUGCUGAAGAAACAGAAAGAGAUAGAAAAAUGAGCUCGACAGCUAGAGCAUUACAAGGAACACCUGGUGCAAUUGGUCGCAUGAGAGGUGAACCUAUGGGAAUAACACCCAGUGGUCAAAUGUCCGCAGAUUUUAAUAACAUGCGGGGCCUCUCCUCUCGGCUUAAAGAGAGACUUCCAGCACGGCUGUCCUUAGCUACCAAAGGCUCAGGCUCUCAGGAGGGUGUGACAGAAAGUCGUGUGAGUGAGAGAUUGGCUACUCCCUCUUCUGGUGGAAGAUUAAGUAUGAAGGGUUCAGGUCUCCCAGUACCUAUAGGCAGUAGUGCAGAUGGAUCGAAACUUAGACGUGUUGCCGGUGAAGGUCGUGGAUUAUCAACAAAACAGCGUCAAACAUGA